AGCCCCUGUUUUUCCCCGCACUGCGAACAGGCAGUGGUUCUGUCCUACGUGCUUGCAGCUCUGUUGUUGUGCAGAGCUGCAGCUACCGUGCUGAGACAGGGAGGGAGAAAGGGAGAGGGAGAGAGUGAGCAACAGUGAGAGACGGAGCGAGCGAGUGAGAGAGAGGGAGGGAGAAUAUUCAGGACGGAGCGCCAGCAAUUGUCUGUGCAUUCUGCCGCCGCUCAGAAACCAGCAGCAGCAGUAGAGAGAGAGAGAGAAAGAAAGCGAACAGCAGAGUGAAAAUACAGAGAGGGUGAAAAGGAAGUGAGGAAGGAAGAAGGCCUUCGGAGGGUGCUGUCGCGUCGCUUUGACUCGCACGCAGCUCCAUUGUUUAUUGUUGUUGCUUUUUUAUUCUCCGAGCGCUGUCGUCCAUCCUCUUCAGCAAGCCAAGGGCUGAAGCAGGGGGUGUGGGCAGCGGCCCCCUCUGACACACACACGGUGUGGACUCGUCGAAGGGGGGUGACGCCAGAGAGAAAGUGGGGGGGGGGUCCUCAUUUUUCCGUCCAUUGGUUGUCGCUCUGUCGUUCGGCGGCGGGCGAGAGGUCCCCUGACUUCUGAUGUCCCUGAACUCUGAGAAAUCCUCAUCCUCCGAAAGGCCUGAGAACCAGCAGAAAGCCCCCUCGGCGCCUCUUCCCCCUCCGCCUCCGCCACCACCCCCGCCCCCAGAGCCGGCUGCCCCACCAGAGCCAGAAGAAGAAAUCCUGGGCUCCGAUGAUGAGGAGCAGGAGGACCCUGCGGACUACUGUAAAGGAGGGUACCACCCAGUAAAGAUCGGGGACCUGUUCAAUGGACGCUACCAUGUGAUCCGCAAGCUUGGCUGGGGCCACUUCUCCACGGUGUGGCUGUGCUGGGACAUCCAGGGGAAGCGCUUCGUGGCCAUGAAGGUGGUGAAGAGCGCUCAGCACUACACUGAGACGGCCCUGGACGAGAUCAAGCUACUGCGAUGUGUACGGGAGAGUGACCCCGGCGACCCCAACAAGGAUAUGGUGGUCCAACUGAUUGAUGACUUCAAGAUCUCUGGAGUCAACGGGAUUCAUGUGUGCAUGGUUUUUGAAGUUCUGGGGCACCACUUGUUAAAGUGGAUCAUCAAGUCCAACUACCAGGGUCUCCCCCUGCCUUGUGUGAAGAGCAUCAUCCGACAGGUGCUGCAGGGGCUGGACUACCUCCACAGCAAGUGUAAGAUCAUCCACACGGACAUCAAGCCUGAAAACAUCCUCAUGUGCGUGGAUGAUGCGUUCGUGCGCAGGAUGGCCGUGGAGGCCACAGAGUGGCAAAGGUCGGGGGCCCCUCCCCCGUCUGGCUCUGCAGUAAGCACGGCCCCCCAGGUCAAGCCGGUGGGCAAGAUCUCCAAGAACAAGAAGAAGAAGCUGAAGAAGAAGCAGAAGCGGCAGGCCGAGCUGCUGGAGCGGCGCCUGCUGGAGAUCGAGGCUCUGGAGCGCGAGGCGGAGAGGCAGCGGGCCAGCGAAAGCCAGGGGGAGGACAACGCAGAGCCCCCCCACCUGCCGCCACAGCCAGGGGUCGCCGCUGCAGAGAGUGACGAGGACGAGGAUGAGGACGAUGAUGUAGAGCAGGAGGAAGGAGAGGGAAACAGGGAAAGAGGAAGGGCAGCAAGACUCACCAAUCACAACUGCUCUUCAGAAGUGCAGAAACCAGAUGGUCCAGCCGACGUGCCGAGGCCUGAGGAAGGGGAGACAAAGAGAGACAGCCCUAUAGCCACAGGGAAAGAGGAUGGCUGCAGACAAAAAGAGGAGGAAGAGGAGGAAGAAGAGGAGGAGGAGGAGGAGGUGCAGGAGGUGGAGAAGGAGAAGGGUGGGGAAGAGAAAAUUGCAGCCAUCAAUCCAAAGGUGGAAGAAGCUGACCCAAAGAAAGUACUGGCAGAAGAAAAGGAAGAGGAUGGAGCCAGGGAAGAGGAGGAGGACGAGGAGGAAGAGGAUGAUGAGGAGGAAGAGGAUGAGGAUGCCGGUGAGACACAGAAGGAUGCUCCCAAAACCAAUGGUCACAUGCUGCUGGUGGAGGAGCAGGUGGACCGCGGGGGCAGGACUCUGCUCUGCCCCCUGGUGGACUCUGAGCUUAGCAUCACAGACCGUGACGCCUCUGUCAGCUCUUCCUGCGAGCUCUUCAACGGCGAAGCCCCGGUAAUGGCCAACGGGGGCCGCCACAGAGCCACAGCACCCUGUUACCCCGAGCUGCCCCUGGACCCUGAGCCCUGCACAGCUGGACCAGCGCUGCACAGCCCUCCGGCCGAUCGCAGUCGCACCGUCUCCUUUUCCAGUACGGGGGACGCACCUAAAGUGAAGGCUCGGGCCGCAGACCUGCUAAUAAACCCCCUGGAUCCCUGCAAUGCAGACAACCUGAGGGUCAAGAUAGCGGACCUGGGGAACGCCUGCUGGGUGCACAAGCACUUCACCGAGGACAUCCAGACACGGCAGUACCGCUCCAUCGAGGUCCUGAUCGGUGCCGGCUACAGCACCCCCGCUGACAUCUGGAGCACAGCCUGCAUGGCAUUUGAAUUAGCAACUGGAGACUACUUGUUUGAGCCUCACUCUGGAGAGGAUUAUUCCAGGGAUGAAGACCACAUAGCCCACAUCAUUGAACUGCUGGGUUGUAUCCCACGACACUUUGCACUCUCCGGAAAGUACUCCCGGGAAUUCUUCAACCGCAGAGGAGAGCUACGGCACAUCACCAAGCUAAAGCCCUGGUCACUGUUUGACGUGCUAGUGGAGAAGUACGGCUGGACUCCAGAGGAUGCGGGUCACUUCACUCAUUUCCUGUUGCCCAUGCUGGAGAUGGUGCCAGAGAAGAGGGCCUCUGCCGGGGAAUGCCUCAGGCACCCCUGGCUGACUUCAUAGCAGCGCCCCCCUGUGGCAGCUUCUGGAACAGCUACACUUCACAUAGACUAGAAAGAAGGAAAGGGGUGGAAGAGCUAAUAGGGGGGUGGUUUGUUUCUGGAUCUGAUCAGUUCCUGAUCUGCCACCAUUAGAAUAAAGCGACACACAUGCUGACAGACACGCACAACAGACAACUGCAGCUUUGCCUGGUGUUUCUGCAAACUCCAGCAAAUAAGUUAUCAGUGUCUCCCGUCGACCUGUCAUUUCUAUGUGUGAUAGACAGUUUCUCAACCUGUCUGUCAUAUGAAUGUUACAGACAGCCCCUCAACCUUCCUGUCUGUCUAUCUGUGUUACAGACAACCCCUCAACCUGUCAUAUCUAGGAGUAACAGAAGCUUCUCGACCUGUCUGUCUGUCUGUCUAUCAUGUCUGUGUUACAAACAGCCCCUUUGACCUUUCAUAUCUAUGAAUAACAGACAGCCUCUUGACUUCUCUGUCAGUCUGUUUGUAUAUCGGUGUUAGACAGCCUUUUGACCUGUCUGUCAUAUCUGAGUAAGAGACAGCUUCACAACCUAUCAGUCUGUCAUCUGUGUUAGACAGGCAAUCGACCUGUCUGUCUUAUCCGAGUAACAAAUGGCCUCUCAUCCUGUCUGUCUAUCUAUGAGUAACAGACAGUCUUUCUGCCUGCAGGUCUGUCUGUCAUAGUAGACUCAACCUGUCUGUCUUAUCUGUAUUAUAGGCAGCUCCUUGACCUGUCUGUCAUAUCUAUGAGUAACAGCCUCUUGACCUGUCUGUUUAUCAUAUCUGUGAAUAACAAACAGCUUCUUGACCUGUUUAUCAUACCAAUGAGUAACAGAUGCCCUCUUGACCUGUCUGUCUAUGAGUAACAGACGGCCAUUUUACCUGCCUGCCUGUCUGUCUGUCUAUCUGUCUGUCGUAUCAGCAUGACACAGCUCAGCAUUUGCCCUUCUCUUCCUACCACAAGGCAGAUUAGUAUGGCACCUACCCCUCAGCCUUCCUACUCUUCUCUCUCUCUCUCUCUCGGUUAGCUGGUCGUUUAUGCCACAGACAGCUAGUGCAUAAGAGUCCCAGAGUUAGACAGGAAACAACGAUGCAGGGGGAGCGACUAAGGCUGCAUUGGGUGCUCUUGGUACGUCUUCACUCACAUGGAGGGUGGAGCAGAAACAGGCAUGACGGGGUGUGUGGCGAAGCUUCAGGCAUGGAGGACAGCGCCUGACGGAUUUCAGUCACAGCCUCCGCUAUCACAGAGGUCUGUAAGAGACACUGGCCAACAAAAUAUAACGUUCCUGUCCUACAGAAUGGUUGCCUCUCCAUUUCAGACCAUUGCUGCCAGAUAUAAGUAUAGAAGAUGGCCCAUACCUCUUUCAGAAAUGGUAACAUCCUAGCAGGAAAACGACCAGACUGUUUACUCUUUCCUGUUUUAACCGUAAGCAGCACUGCCAUGGUUGGAAAAUGAGAUUUGCCCCUGAGGGUCAGCACAGCCCCCCUUCCUCAUUUCCUGUGGAACACGAGCGCUCUGUCAGGAUGUCUCCAGCCCCGCCCACGCCCACGCCCCCGUCUCCCGCGCCAGAAGGCUGUGGUCCUUCCAUCAGGAUGGCCGCAGUACUGUCUAACUGUUUACACUCCAGAGUCCUUACAUUUCUUGAGAACUGUGCAUCCCGUUUCAGGCUGCCACAGAGGAAAACAACCCCCGCCCACUAGGGGGCGCCCUAAAAGGACACUGCUUAGGCAAAGAUGUGCAAAAAGUUCAAUUUAGUCAUAUUUGUGGCUUUUCUGUGAAAAAGACUGAUAUGAAAGUUGAGAAAGGAUGCUCGAGUGAACAAUUCAGUGUGUUGCACCAGUUGUUUUGGUCUGUUUGUUAUAUAUAUACAUAUAUAUUUUUAACAGGAAGUAGCCACAGUGUCUGUGGAAUCAAAGAGUAAGGACAUCUAGCCUGCCCCCAGACCUCACAAGCUCCGCCCCCCGACCACCAGGCCACCCCCACCAUUCCAAGGCCCCUCGCCCUUCCAUUUACAUUUUGAAUUCCAGAUCCUGUGACAUUAUUGUACUUUUUUCCUGAUGGAAUGGCAUGAUAACCUUUUCAGUGACCUGUUUUCUGAUCCAGAUAGGCUGCCCCAACACACCUUUCUCCCAUCCUGCCCGGUUGACUCUUCUCCAAAUCUUGGAUUCCUGAUUGACUUUUCCACAUGUAUUUUCCAAAAGGAGGUUGCACUUGUCUUGUUCAGGGAUUAACUUUGUACAUAAUACUGAGAUACUGGUAUGCUGAUCAGAAUGAAGACGUGAUGCUCGCAUCGUUUUGGAGGAGGCCCAGUUUAGUCAUCAAAGGAUUUCCACGGACACCCAGAUCAACCCCUCCCCCCCCAUGCUUUUCUGGGGUGGACUGGGGAUGCAGUGGUAUAGAGAGCGAGUGGAACCACCAAGCGUGCCUCCCUGUGGCCAGCAAGGGAACUGCGGUCUCUCAGACUGCAGCCUUCGGUGCCAAGAACUCUUCCACUCCAUUCCAUCUGUCACGCAUCAUGAUUAGUGCAGUUGCCUAUUUUCGCAAUAAAUCAAUAUAAGUAGAUAGUAAAAUAUUUUUAAAAGAAACUUUAAUUUAAAAAGAAGAGAAUUUCUCUGAUAUUGUGACAGUGACCGAAUUAUGUCCGUGCUGAGGUGAUUGUGCUUGUCUGUUAGAGAUGUUUUUAUUUCUUUAAUUAUUAUUAUUAUUAGUUUCUUUUUUUACUUGGGCAUCACCUCUCCCUCUUCUCUCAUGAACAGUGCUGCUCUUUUGGAGUUUACGAUAAUACUCAAACAUUUUUGCAAUAAUGGUAAUCACGAUGAAAUGAAUUUUGCACCAAAUGCUCUUGAUUUCCCUCUCAGCCAUGCCGACUGUUCUUCUGACAGAAUUGGUUUCUUCUGUGUUUUUCGUUGACAGAUUUAAUAAAGUUGUAAAUUAAACUGAAUCCCCAGGGGCAGCCUUUGAUCCAUUUCCGCCGGCUGUUCGUGCUGUUGUGUCUCAUCCACUGUAUUGCUUCCCUCUUGUACAUAAUGUAAAUAUAAAAGUAGUGGUAUAAUAAAGACUAUGGAUCUAUAUCCUUGUAUUCUACAAAAAGAGGGAAGAUAUUUUUUAAUAUCCCCCUUCUGUUUUUUGGCACAGAUAUUGUCCGUUUAGGUAAAAACUCCAUGGGUUACAUGCAUUGUUGGUUUAUAAAGCCUGAUGUCAGUUUCCUUUCAGAUGUAUAAAAUAUCUAGUGUUUUUCAGCCUUAA